AUGCUCCCCGGGCGAGCCACGUUCAAGAUAACGCUGGUGAAACGCAUCAACAGUGCAUCGGAAGCCAUCGAUUUCCUCCUAGCUGUCGAGGAGAACGACCGCUGGAGUAACAAACGUAUAGUACUGGAUUGUAACGCUAAAAACACGAAGAGUGUUCUGGUGGAACACGUUAGGAAGGUUGAGCUGGGAAGGCGGACUUAUCACUACUUACUUACUGGUCUGGUUAUGGACGAUCAAUGGGAGAACGAGGUUACCGAAUACGGAGCGGUGAAUAUCACUGGCUUCCGCAUCGUGGAUCACUCGCGGAGGGUCGUACGGGAGUUUAUUGAGGGUCUACGGAGGAUGGACCCGCGAUUCAAGGGAACUAUAUCUGCUCAAACAGCCCUGAUGUACGACGGAGUGCAGGUGUUAAUGGAUGCCUUAGGAAGACUGUGGAGAAAGAAACCAGAUUCGUUCAGAGCCGCCCUGCGCAGGGCAGCAACUUUAGCCAACACAACUAAAGUGAUAGAUUGUAAUCCUGGGAAGGGCUGGGUUGUGCCCUUCGAACAUGGAGACAAAAUCUCUCGACUUAUUAAGAAGACGGAUAUAGAGGGACUCACUGGAAACAUUUCGUUCAACGAGGAGGGACAUCGUAACAAUUUCACCUUGCAAGUUGUUGAAAUGACUGUUCAGAGCGCUAUGGUCAAGGUUGCAACAUGGUCAGACAGAACCGGCCUCAGUCUCGCAUCUCCAAAGUUCACCCGACUCCAUACACCAACCUCCUACGAUACGAACAAGACCUUCAUCAUCACGACAAUCCUGCAAGAACCCUAUUUGAUGGUGAAACAAAAAGAAUUUGGACACAGGGAGGAGCAAUUCCACGGAUUCUCCAAGGAUCUCGCUGAUUUCAUCGCGAAACGACUAGGAAUUAAAUAUGAAAUAAAAAUUGUGCGAGACGGGCAAUUCGGCAGCGAGACGCCAAAUGGAUGGUCGGGUCUUGUAGGUGAAGUUUUAAGGAAAGAAGCAGAUCUCGCGCUUGCUCCAUUAGCUAUUACCCCCGAAAGGGAGAGAGUGGUGGAUUUCACUGAGCCAUUUUUGUCUGUCGAAAAUCCGAUUAUACAAACAAAGACGCCAAAGCAACUAUCCGAUACUUUCAGCUUUUUACGGCCUUUGUCUAAGGAAAUAUGGCUUUGCGUACUCUUCAGUUUCUUCGCGGUGAGCAUUGUACUAUUUCUAGUAUCAAGGUUCUCGCCGCACGAGUGGAAAUCUGUAUCCAUUUCUGACACACAAAUAGACCACCCCGUCAGCAGUACGAACGAGAUUAUUUUACACAAUGAAUUCAGUAUCUGGAAUUCGUUUUGGUUCUCGUUAGGAUCUUUUAUGCAGCAAGGCAGUGACGUGGUACCGAGGUCUCUAUCUGGAAGGAUCGUCGGAACGGUGUGGUGGUUCUUUGCGCUCAUUCUCGUGUGCUCUUACACAGCUAACCUGGCAGCUUACCUGAUCAUAGAACGGAUCUCGGAGCCCACCCAAUUCAUGACCUACAGCUCGAAGAUAAAUUUCGAAAGCCAGUUUCUACCUAACAACGACUUAGUAAAGGAUCCUGAGGUGGCCACCGACCCACCAUACACCAUCGACAGUCGAUAUGAAAGGUCCUGCUUGACUCCACCCAUCUGCAGAUAUAAGCAUGUAGAUUUCGGUAUUGCUCUGACGAAAGGAUCGAGUAUUAAGGAAUCACUUAACCUCGCGAUCGUCGAUCUAAAAAAUGACGCAGUCAUAACGAAACUAUGGCGCAAAUGGAUUCUUUCUAUUAACAAGCCCCAAUGUGAAAAUAACAAAGAAAAGGAAUCAGAAAUAUCCGAGAUGUCGCUAAGUCAAGUGGCUGGUAUAUUCUACGUCCUGGUGGGCGGCUUGGCCCUAGCGCUUGGCGUCGCCCUACUAGAGUUCUGCCACCACGGGCGUAACGAGGCUGUUCGAAGUAACGUCUCCCUCAGUGCUGCUCUUAAGGCCAAGGCAAAGAUGUCCCGCCCAGACAGGAAAACACCGCCGCGAUCUCGGGAACACGACCGUCUUGGGUGGAACGGGGCUGCGUUCGGUGGAUACUUCCCAGCCGGUAACCAAAUCUCCCAGGACGACGCCGUGCACGCGAGCUUCACGCAUGUCUGA